AUGGCCGUCUUGAACCUGACCCUCAGUGAAGAGGGCGUCAAUGCGUUUCGAGAUGCCCUCACCUGCCUUGGCAAGUUUAGUGACGACGUUUCCCUCGAGGCGAGGAAGGAAAGUUUCGUCUUGACAACACUCAACACAUCCAAGUCUGCAUAUGCCAGUUUUAGAUUCUCGACCAACAAGUUCUUUUCGCGAUACCAGUACCAGGGAACAGGACAGUACCACGAUAAAUUCCACUGCACAUUAUUCAUCCGAGCCCUGAUAUCCCUCUUCCGCAGCCGCACGAGCACAGACGCCUCGAGAGAUGCGGACAGGCACACUGUCAUUGAUAGAUGCGAUGUGGCCAUCGAGGAUGGAGAGGAGGGACAGUCCAGCCGCUUCAUCUCCCGCAUCGUCUUCAGGAACGGACUGACCUCGACACACCGCAUGCCCUUCGAGGUGGCCGUCCCCGUGCACGCCAAGUUUAGCAAGCAGGAUGCGCCGCACCACUGGACCAUCUCCUCUAGGACCCUGAGGCAGCUCAUGGACCAUUUCGGUCCAGGCAUUGAUUUUCUCGAUAUCAAUACGGAUGGGGAUCAUGUGAAUUUCACAUGCUUUAGCGAAAAGACGGUGUCUGAAGAUGCCGUCUUGAAAAAACCUCUACAGACUUCCAUCGCCGUCGAGGCCGACGAAUUCGACGACAUAGACGUAGAGGAUAAGCUCCACAUCGUCAUCUCCGUCAAGGACUUCCGCGCCAUCAUCCAGCACGCCGGCAUCACGGGCAACGACCUGUCGGCCCGGUACUCCCUCCCCGCCCGCCCCAUCCAGAUCACCUACUCCAGCGACGCCAUAGCCUGCGAGUUCCUGAUCAUGACGGUCGGCGAGCGGGGCAGCAACCCGUCCCAGAGGACCAAGAAGGGUCACAGAUCCGCCAACCAGCAGCAGCAUCAGCAGAGUACCGGGCCACGACUCGAGGCCACAUCCCGCAGGACCAGUGCGACCCCUUCUGAAGCUGGGGGCCAGCAGCAGCAGCAGCAGCAGCAGCGUAUAGCACCGGAACAGCGCCAACCUACUUCUCAGGCGGUGCAUAGCAUGCCGCCGCCGCCUGCUGCCUCAUCGCGACCGGCAGCGCCCAGUCUCACCCCGCACACGAGCAGCUCCGCCAGGGCUAGCGCGUCGCGACUGGGGGCGUUUGAUCUGCGUCCGACGCAGCGGCAGCAGCCUCAGCCGCCGUCGGCUACCAACCAGUCCGAGAGUCUGUUUGUGGACGACGAGGGCUGGGAGCCCGUCGGCGACGAUGAUGACGACGAGGAUAACACUAGGCUUGAGUGGGACCACAGCGCCAAUCCGGUAAGGAAUCAUACUGCCGUUCACGUUCAACCCUUCUUCUUCAGCUCUUUCCUACACCUUUCCUCCCGCCUUUCUUCUACUGCUGCUUCUUGUCUAAUCAUGACGUGGGACAGAACCCUUCUGGUUUACAUGUAA